AGAAAUUCAGAGGAGGAGAGAGCAGGUCCUGACUUCCCAUCACUCACACGACCGGAAGAUCAAGAAAUGUGUGGCUGAAAGGGCUUUUCCCCAAGGUGCCAGCCCGUUCCAAGGGCUCUGGUGUGGAAAACUCCCACAUGAACACUCCACACCCUCGGGUUGAUUUCAUGUCCACCUGGAACCUGUAAAACUGCUGCUGUUGGGCUGGGGUAUAAAACCUUCCCUCCAAACAGCUUCCCAGAGCUGCUGGGAGGAUCUGCUGGAGAUGAAGACUCUUCUUGUCACCUUGCUGGCUGCUGUGCUCUGUGUGGAACAAGUUUAUGCAUUCAUGUGCUACACCUGCCAAGAACAGGAGUCCAACAAGGACUGUUUGACCAUUUCCAUGUGUGCCAAGGAGGACAAACACUGUGUGACCGUCCGGAAGGACGUUGGGACAAAGCCCAACAAGCCUAAAUACGUCAUCUCCAAGAUGUGCUCUCCAACGUGUCCAGCCACAGGUCAGCAACAACCCCAAAGCUCCCAGAAUGUUUCCUGCUGUGAGAAACCCCUGUGCAACGUGAAUGGAGUCAGCAGCAGGCAGAGCAGCCAGGGAGUGAUGUCCCUGGGUAUCCUGGUCGGCCUCACUUACAUCUUUGCAUACGGAUCGUGAUGGGUUUGGCAGAGCUCCCCAUGAUGGCUGAAAUAAAAGUGUUGUUCUGG